AUGGCCUCCACUUCUUCUGCCUCAUGGUCAUAUAAGCUUAGGAAUGAUGGCGUCUUUGAAUCCAGAGAUUCAAUCGUAUGGGAGAUCUUGGAUGCUCUUGCCGAUGGUAGCAAUAGUGUGGUCGGGGUUCACGGGAUGGGUGGGGUUGGCAAGUCCACCCUUUUGGUGGAUGCCGAAAGGAGAAUAAGGGAAAGAGAAGUUCUUCUGCCCAAGAGGUUGGAAGAUGAGGAGAGUAAGAAAAAGAAGGCCCUCAUAAUACUCGACAACCUGUGGAAGGGGCUCGACUUGAAAUCAGUCGGCAUUUCUUGUGGACAUGACAACGAAGUCAUAGGAUGCAAGCUGCUUUUGACGUCCAGAGAUCAAGAUUCCUUGCGAAGUGAAAUGGGCUGCUACAAGGACUUCCCCCUCGAUGGCCUACAGGAGGAAGAGGCAAAAAGAUUGUCCGAGAGGUUGGUCGAAGACAAAGUUCAUAACGACCAGAAACCCUUCGUGGAUGAAGCACUCCACAAAUGUUCAGGUUUGCCUUUUCUAAUUGUCACAUUGGCAAGACUUUUUAAAGAUGAUGGUUUAUUUGAAUGGAAGGAUGCUUUGAAACAAUUCGAGAUGUCUAAAAAUAAUGGAAUCAGUGAGGUGAUGAAUAUAAUUUUGCAAUUGAGCUAUGAUCAUUUAAUAGAAGAGGAGGGAAAGUCAUUAUUACAACUCUGUGUUGUUUAUGGCGCCUCUGAGCCCUCUCUUGAAAACUUGGUGAAGUAUGGUGUGGGUUUGGGUUUAUUUGGAGAAGCUAGUAGCAUGGAAGAAGCUAGAUAUAGGCUGAGCUCCCUAAUCCAUACACUUCAAGCCUCCUCCCUUUUGUUAGAGAAUGGAAAAGAUGAUGGUUUCAAGAUACAUGACUUGGUUCGUGAGUUUGUUGCCACGGUCGCAUCAAGAGAUAACCCUUUUCUCAUGUUGAAAGAUAAAAAUAAGUCGGUAAUAGAGUUGCUGAAGGACAAGCUCAAAAGGUGUAGGGCGAUAUGGUUUCCUUAUGUUGGCAUGAAGGAGUUUCGCAAAGAAUUAGAUUGCCCUGAAUUGUGCAUCUUUUUGCUUUUCACCAACAAUGAAUCUUUUAAGGUCCCAGAUUCAUAUUUCAACUCUAUGCAGAAACUCAUGAUCUUAAAUCUUACUAGAAUACAUCUAACUCAUUUGUUUUCAUCGUUUCAGUUCUUGAAGAGCUUAUACACUCUCUAG